GAUAUUUAAUACACAUAACGUUGAUUUGAGCAAACGUUGACCAAGUUUGAUUGAUACUGUUUAACAUAAACCAAAUACAAAAACAGACAUAUUUUUAAUAGACAAACUAAGCAAUUUGACUAAUUCUAAUUACGUUCUAGCUCAUCAAAUAAGUAGAAAUCAGAAAACAACAAAAUGUUUAAGAUCACUAAAAAGCCUCUCCUUAAGUGUAUAAUAUGUGGAACAUUGUUUUCAACUCUAUCGACAAUGAAGUGUCAUAUAUAUUUACACACCGGUGAGCAUCCCUUUAGAUGUUUGACAUGUGGGAAAACAUUUAAUUAUCAAUUUCAAGUAAUGAAUCAUUUGUUGACUCAUUCUAAUAAGUAUCCUUAUAAAUGCACUACAUGUGGAAAAUCAUUCCGAACCAGAAGCCUUAUAAAGAGACAUACAUUAGUACACACCGGAGAGCGACCUCAUAAGUGUACUAUAUGUGGAAAAUCAUUCCAAAACAGUAGCAGUGUGAAGGAACAUACAUUAGUACACACUGGAGAGCGACCUCAUAAUUGUACUACAUGUGGAAAAUCUUUCCAAACCAGUAGCAGUAUGAAGAGACAUUCAUUAGUACACAUUGGAGAGCGACCUCAUAAGUGUACUACAUGUUGGAAAUCCUUCACAACCAACGGCAGUAUGAAGAGACAUAAAUUAGUACACACUGGAGAGCGACCUUAUAAGUGUAAUAUAUGUGGAAAAUUCUUUAUAACCAAGGGCAGUAUGAAGGAACAUACACUAGUACACACUGGAGAGCGACCUUAUAAGUGUACUAUAUGUGGGAAAUCCUUCCAAAGCAGGAGCAAUAUGAAGAGUCAUACAUUAGUACACACCGGAGAGCGACCUCAUAAGUGUACUAUAUGUGGAAAAUCCUUCAUAACCAAGGGCAGUAUGAAGGAACAUACACUAGUACACACUGGAGAGCGACCUCAUAAGUGUACUAUAUGUGGAAAAUCCUUCAUAACCAAGGGCAGUAUGAAGGAACAUACACUAGUACACACUGGAGAGCGACCUUAUAAGUGUACUAUAUGUGGAAAAUCCUUUAUAACCAAGGGCAGUAUGAAGGAACAUACACUAGUACACACCGGAGAGCGACCUCAUAAGUGUACUAUAUGUGGAAAAUCCUUCCAAAGCAGGAGCAAUAUGAAGAGACAUACAUUCGUACACUCCGGGGAGAAACUUUAUAAGUGUACUACAUGUGGGAAAUCCUUCCAAACCAGGAACAGUAUGAAGAUUCAUACAGUACUACACACUGGAGAGCGACCUCAUAAGUGUACUACAUGCGGAAUGUUAUUCCAAACCAGUGGCAAUCUAAAGAAGCAUAGCCUACACUAGUACACACUGGAGAGCGACCUUAUAAGUGUACUAUAUGUGGAAAAUCCUUCCAAACCAGGAGCAGUAUGAAGAUUCAUACAUUACUACACACCGGAGAGCGACCUCAUAAGUGUACUACAUGCGGAAUGUUAUUCCAAACCAGUGGCAAUCUAAAGAAGCAUAGCCUACACUAGUACACACUGGAGAGCGACCUUAUAAGUGUACUAUAUGUGGAAAAUCCUUCCAAACCAGGAGCAGUAUGAAGAUUCAUACAUUACUACACACCGGAGAGCGACCUCAUAAGUGUACCGUAGAAUGGGGUGAAUAGAAACACUUUUUGACUUUUAAGCUUCUGUAAAAACGAUAUUUUUAAUUUUUAAAUUUUCAACACUAGCUCAUAUUUUCGGUCUUGGACUCCUCUACUCAAAUCACUAAUCAAUUUUUUUUCUUUUUAAUCAUUAAGCAGAA